AGAGAGACCAAACAACCCAUUGUCCGAUCAACACCGAUCUACUUCUCCAGACAUGUUCUCACACGUGUCUCUUCCACUCUCUCUUCCGAUUUAAACUUUUCUUUUCUAUACACACAUUAGUCUCUGUGAUGUCCUCCGUUAGUAAAAAGAACUAAGUGAGAACUCGAUUCACUUCACUUCACUUUACUUUACAUCUGGAGGGAUGAAGGGAGAAGGCAAAGUGUUCUUGAAGUCGCGCAUGAAAUGGAUUGGUCUUCUUGGUCUUGUCUUGUCUGUUUUCUCUCUUCUUGUCCAUUUUCUUCUCGCUGGAUUCACAGAUGACUCAGUCUCCGAUUACUCUAUCCCUGUUACUAUCUUCUCUUGGAGGCCUGUCUUUGACAAUCCCAGAUUCGCUCGACAUACGCCUUUGUAUAGAAGACUUUGGGGACCAACAAGGCAUGUAGAUACAUUACUUCCUGAUGCUACUCCCAGAGAUUUUCAUUCAGAUCCUCCGGCAAGGACAAAUGGUUUUGUUUUUGUUAGAAUACAAGGUGGUUUCCAUGAGAUUAGAAACUCGAUUCCUGAUGUUGUAGCCGUUUCUCGGCUUCUUAACGCUACUCUGGUGAUUCCUGAGAUUCAAUCAACAACUAGCAGUAAAGGAAUUAGUUCCCAAUUCAAGAGCUUUGCGUAUUUGUAUAAUGAAGAGCACUUCAUGGCUUCACUUGCAAAAGAUGUUAGAGUUGUGAAAACUCUUCCCAAGAAUCUCAAAUGGGCUAGAAGAAAGAAACAAAUCCCUUCAUUUAAAGUCUCUUACGGAUCUUCGCCUUAUUACUACUUACACCAUGUUCUACCUGUUCUCAUUAAGCACUCGGUCGUUGAACUAGUUGUCCCUCACGGUGGAUGCUUACAAGCUAUACUUCCAAGUGAUCUUGAAGAAUAUCAGAGGUUACGGUGUAGGGUUGCGUUCCACGCGUUACAGUUUCGAAAAGAAGUUCAAGAACUUUCCACUAAAGUAUUGCAAAGGCUGAAACCUUUGGGACGACCUUUUAUAGCCUAUGAUCCAGGGAUGACAAGAGAAGCUUUGGCCUAUCAUGGCUGCGCUGAACUGUUCCAGGAUGUUCAUACCGAGCUGAUUCAACAUAAACGAGCUUGGAUGAUAAAACGUGGGAUUGUCAAAGGGAAGCUCUCUAUAGACUCAGCUGAGCAACGCCUAGCGGGCUUAUGCCCUCUGAUGCCAGAAGAGGUUGGUAUUCUUCUACGAGCUUAUGGAUACUCAUGGGACACAAUCAUAUAUGUCGCUGGGGGAGAGGUUUUUGGUGGGCAGAGAACACUAAUUCCAUUACAUGGCAUGUUUGAGAAUGUCGUUGACCGAACUUCUCUUAGUACUAGCUGGGAGCUUGCUAAGAUGUAUGGUCGUGAGGCGAAACAUAAAGAUAGUAAGACAAUGGCACCACCUUCGGUCGAGGAAGAAACGAAACAUGAUGCACUGAAGAGCACAAGACAGAGGCCUCAACCGCUUCCACCUCCACCUGCAAGACCAAAGUACUACAACAUUGAAGGUUGGUGGGGUUGGGUAGCAGAGAGUGACAAUGAGCCCGAAAGCACGGUUAUUGAGUUGAGAACUAAUGCUCACAAGUUGUUGUGGGAAGCGGUUGAUUAUGUUGUUAGCGUGGAAGCAGAUGUAUUUAUCUCGGGAUUUGAUCGUGAUGGGAAAGGACAUCCGAGUUUUGCUAGUUUAGUGUUGGGUCACCGGCUUUAUCAGUCUGCUUCUUCUAAGACUUUUAGACCAGACAGGAAACAAAUUGCAAUGCUAUUGGUAGAGAUCCGAGACCAUAUGUACGAGGCAAAUCACACUUGGAUAACAUCAGUUAGGAAGCUUCUCAAGAGAAGCAUACUCGAGGGUCUACUCGAAUCUUCCAAGAGAUCAAAAGCCUUUAGUUUUCUUUCGCAUCCUGUACCUGAAUGUUCUUGCAUUACACGGACCCAUCCUGUUUCAAACGCCUCACUGAUUGAAGCAGAUCUUGGGGUUACACACCGCUGUCCGCAAUGGAUGGAUGGCGUUGUAAGGCAAAGAUCAAAGGAUAAUAAGAAUGCAGAGAAAGAAGAGGAUCUUGAUGAAGAGGACUCAUCUUCUUCAGGAUUGUUCUUUGGUCACAAGGAAAGUGGAGGGAACAGUAAUAGUAACAAUGAGACUGUAAAUUCUGAAGCUAACAACAAGGAAGAAGGACAGCUUGAAGAUCAAGAAGAGCUUGAGGGCGGCGAAAGAUAAGCUCUGAGUCAUCAAAAAGAGAACUGGAUUUUGAUUGAAGAUGCAAUAGCUUAUAUAGACAAUGAGUAAGUCGCCGGUAGAUCUAACUAGGAAGCUCACUUCUUGGGUUGUGGUAUUUUUCACCUUUUUUCUCAAAAAUAGUUUAUUGCCUGGUUAUUAGGUUGUGUAUUAGAAAUUUUUCUUUUCUUUUUUUUCCCGUGAUCAAUUUUGCAACAGUUUAGUAGUUUUUAAGAACAUAAUUCUAUCGAACUAAAUAUUUAAGUAAUAUCAUCUUAGAGGCAAAUUAAAUGACU